GUCAUCCAUCAAGAUAACGAUAACCGUCGCAAGGCCUUAGAAGCCCAGUUCCACUACAACGAACGAACAAACGAGCCACUUUUAGAAGUUUAACUAAGCUGCAAGCAAAAGAUCUUUCUGAAAGCACAUUAUACAUUUCAUUAUGUCCAUGAAGGGAAAAGUAGCUCUUGUGACGGGUGGAGCUCGAGGAAUUGGAAGGGCUUAUACUACUGCACUGCUCAACAAUGGAGUAAAAGUAUGCAUUUGUGACGUUAAUGAAAUUACGGCAUCAGAAUUUAUUGGAAGUCUCCCAGAUAAUCUAAAAAAGAAUGCAUUUUUCCAAAAAUGUGAUGUGACAGACGUCAAGAAUUUCAAAGAUGCCUUUGAUAAAACUAUUGAAGUGUUUGGAAAAAUUGACAUUGUUGUUAAUAAUGCUGGAAUACAGGAUGAGCAUAACUGGAAGAAAACCAUUGAAGUUAACUUGAUGGCAGUUAUUCAAGGUGUCAAACUUGCUUUCCAAUAUAUGGGAGUGGACAAUGGUGGAAAAGGUGGCUCUGUAGUUAACACAGCGUCCGUUGCAGGUUUAAUGGAAAUGCCAAUUUCUCCUGUGUAUUGUGCUACUAAACAUGCCGUUGUUGGUUUGACUAAAAGCUACGGAGCAGAAUACCACCUAAAGAAAAGUGGGAUAAAAGUGAAUGCCAUUUGUCCAGGUGCGGUAAAUACACAUCUUUAUAAAGCUUUUGCUCCUAGUAGUCUAGAUGAAGAAGAAGGGAAAAAAUUUGUCGAAACAUUCCCAUUAGUUCCUUCUGAAGAUCUGGGAAGGGGCUUGAUUCAAAUAUUAGAAGAUGGUAAAAAUGGAUCUUUACUGGUAGUAGAUGAAAAAGGACCACAUUAUGUAUUCAUGACACUCGAAGGAAAAGUUGCCCUUGUGACUGGUGGCGGAGGAGAAAUUGGAAAAGCGUACUGCUUGGCAUUGUUGAAUGAAGGAACAAAAAUUUGCAUUUGCGAUUUAAAUGAAGAUACAUCUACUGACUUAAUAAACAAUCUGCCAAAAAAUUUACAGGCAAACAUAUUUUUCAAAAAAACUGAUGUUACUGAUGACAAUGACUUCAAAGAUGCCUUUGACAAAACCAUAGAGAGAUUUGGAAGAAUAGAUAUAGUGGUUAAUAAUGCUGGCGUGGUUGGGGAAAAUACUUGGAGAAAAACUAUUGAAGUCAAUUUUAUUGGAGUAUUGCAUGGUAUUCAACUUGGUUUACAGUAUUUGAGCCUUGAAAAUGGAGGUUUUGGUGGUUUCAUAGUAAAUACUGCAUCUGUAGCUGGUCUUCGUGGAUGCCCAGUUAGUCCUGUAUACAAUGCAACUAAGCAUGCCGUAGUUGGACUUACGAAGAGUUAUGGUUCGGAAUAUCAUUUCAACAAAACUGGAGUCAAAGUGAACGCCAUUUGCCCCGGUGCUGUUGACACAGUUCUGCUUCGGAGUUUUGCUUCGAACAGUUUAGAUGAAAAAGAAGGAAUAGCAAUUGUGAAGAGGCAGUCUUAUACAGAGUUAGAAAAUGUUGGACAAGCUUUGAUAAAAGUGUUGAAGGAUGACAAAAAUGGAAGUCUUCUACGAAUAGAAAGUGUUGGAAUGCGAUACGUCUGAAAAAUACUUACGUUUUGAAUUUUUAUAUUA